UGAUUGUUGGAAGUUUACCUCGGUUGUGUUGGCGCGCCUGAACGUCAAAUCAAGUGUCUUUUUUAAACGUUUGUGUCGGAUUUCUUUGGGAAAAGUUCGCGAUGGACGAGUUGGAAGAGGGAGAAAUCACCAGCGACACGGAUCCGGACGACUACACCCCGUUGGAACGGCCAGCAAAUUAUUCUCAGCUGCAGCAACCACACAACAGAUUCCCGGUCAAUUUACCAGAAUCGGAGAGCGAGGAGCAAGAAUCGAGCGAGUCUGACAGCGAUUCCGAUGUGCCGGUCAAGAAGCCGAAAGUCAAGAAGCCAAAACUCAAAAUAAAGCCUGUGCAGAGACACUGUUCAACUAAAAAGAAGUAUGAGAUUUGGAGUGCUAGGUUAAAAGAUGAUGUUCUUUCAGAGUCACUUAAUAAUUGCGGAGUUGGCACUGUUGAUAAUUCACGUAGUGUAGAGUCUUAUAAUUAUGAGCUGGCAUGGAAGCUCCGUGAAGAUUGCAAUGGCAGGACCAACAACAAGAGGACAAGGGAUGACAGGAAUAAUGCCAAUUUCAGGCAGAGGCAGAGGUCCAGGUCCAGGAGCAGGGAGAAUGCUGUCACUGAGCAGCCCAGGCACAUUUUAGAACUAGCUGUCACCUCAUCAUAUUCACCUGAAGAUAUUGCCAAAGACAUAGCUAACAAACUAGGUGAAGAAAGAGAAGACAUUGUCUUGAAAGUUGUAAAUAUAAUGGGAAAAGAUAAAUCAAUUGAUAUAUUCAAAGAGACAAGGGAGAUUGAAUCUAUUGGGGGAAUGAUGACUUUGAAUAAAACAAGAAGGCGAACACCUGGGGGCGUCUUCUUUUAUCUAGUGAGAACUGAUUAUGAUAUAACACCCAAACAGAGAAAAGAAAUAUUUGAUGAUGAACAGAACAAGUCUUCAGAAGCUGCUAAGGAAAAGAAACGGCGCAAGAGGGAGCGCUAUAAGCAAAAAAUAGCCUUGUGCAGAAGCAAGAUCUUGCCGGAUUUGCUAUCGAAAGCGGAGCUACUCGCGUCUGGCAACAAUCGUAUGCGUAAGGAGACUGAUGGUACAGAGGAUGUGAUUAAUCCUCCACCUACCCCAGAGACGGAUGGCCAUGAUAAUAGCGGCGAUGGAAUGGAGGCUGCCAAAAAUGUAUCAAUGAAUAAUGUUGGUAGUUCACGUGGCACUCUUCAAUCAUAUGAGGAUGAUUUUCUUGAUUUGCACGAAAAUGAAAUGGAUCUAUUCUAAUUUUACCACUUUCCAAUUGUUAUUUAUUUACACGCAAUGUUCGUAUAAUGUAUUUUUUUUUAUAGAACAAGAUCAUGACGUUGAUCAAGGACGAAUUUACAUUUUUAUAGACUGUUCAAUAAAACGAUGAUUAUUGUAA